AUGACGAGAAGGAAGAUAGCGAUAAAAAAGAUCCAGAACGUAUCAGCGAGGCAAGUGGCAUUCUCAAAGAGAAGGAAAGGUCUAUUCAAGAAGGCUACAGAGCUCUCAACUCUCUGUGAUGCUGAGAUUGCACUCUUUGUGUUUUCUGCUUCUGGCAAGCUCUUUGAUUAUGCUAGUACAAGCAUGGGGCAUGUGAUUGAAAGGAGAAACUUGUACUUAGAUGUAAACCUUGGCAAGACAAUCCAGCCAUCUCUUGAGCUGCAGGUAGAAGCUGAAUAUUUUAAGCUAAACAAGGAACUGGGAGAGAAGACUCGUGAAUUGAGGCACCUCAAUGGAGAAGGACUUCAAGGAUUGACCUUAAGAGAACUAAAGAAGCUAGAUGAUCUAGUUAGCGCAUGCUUGCAUCGUGUUUCAAAAGCCAAGGCUGAACCAUUUGAGCAAGAGAUCAGUAUUCUGAAGAAACAGGAAGACAGGCUCGUGGAAGAGAACCAGAGACUAAACCAGGAAUUAAAAUUCAUUGAAGAAAAUCAGAGAUUAGAACAGGUUCCAAGGCUUAAGCAUGACCAAGACCAGUGAUUGGCCACCUUUCUCACGACGAUGUAAGAUUUGUAACCUCCUUUUAACGAGAGAGAGCUGUUUUAUGAUUUAUAAUUGCUUUUUUUAUUUUCAAAUUUUUGGU